GUUGGCUAUCAGUUCAGGGUGUCGCCGCCUUUCGACCCAGUCAGCUGGUAGACUGAAGAAUCUGUCAUCCUGGGACGAAACACUGAACAGGAUAAGCAGUGUAGACGAGGAUGGAUGAAUGGAUGGAUUCCUUUGGAGCGUGCCGUGAUAGUUAAAAUCAUGAUUGUCACCUCGAAACUAUGUUUUUCUUCUGGUGACAAGAGCGCCCCACGUUGAGCGAGUGAACGCAGUGCGAUAAGGUUCUCGUAGCCUACUGGACAUUUUCCCAGCAUUUAGUGAACAGAUAGCUGGUUUUUCCAUGCAGCUCCUCGGGAGAGACGGAGCGAAUCAUGGCACAACGCAGGACUGUGAAUUCUUCCCUGAAGUAAACGCCGAGCCGCGUCGAUUUCAGGCAAUCCCUGCCCGCCGCCUCCCAGCAACUGUCAUGCCGUAUGGGAUAUUCCCCCCCCGACCAGCGGCAGUGGAGCAGGACAAGUCUUUCCAGCAAUUAGUGUUUUCUCACCAUUGUGACAAUCUAGAUUAUUUUUUUCAUCCAUCCUCCUUCUAAUAGCCCAAUCCCCAACAAUGAGAUUCCGGAUCUACAAGAGAAAGGUGGUGCUACUGAUUGUGGUGGUGGUGAUAUGCGGUCUAGCGUUUUGGACCAGCGGACGGCAGAAGAAGACUAAGCAAUUUGCAAAGAAUGAAGACGUAGUGGUGGUGAGGGGUAGUGACAUCGGCACCAGUAGAAGUCGCCUCGAAGGCCAUUUCCCGUCGCAAAUUAUGGCCGCAGCAAGCAGGGCUCCCUUCGCGCCUCUAAAUCUGACACACCCAGAAAGAAUAAAAGAGAAAGAAAACAAAGCCAAGCCCAAUGUGGAUAACACCACUUUGGUGUACCGCGGCAUCGUCUUCCAGCUCAACUUUGACCAGACGAUACGAAAUGAGGAGAAGUUUAAGACUGCGCGGCAAAAGGACGACCUGGUUGUUGUGAUCCAGGUUCACAACCGUCCGGAUUACCUGAAGCUGCUGGUGGACAGUUUGCGCAAGGCCCGAGGUGUGGAAAGCAUACUGCUGAUAUUCAGCCAUGAUUACUGGUCCCCUGAGAUUAACAGCGUGGUGAACUCGGUGGACUUUUGCCAGGUCCUGCAGAUUUUUUUCCCAUUUAGCAUCCAACUUUACCCUCAGGAGUUUCCCGGCAAUGACCCGAGGGACUGCCCGAGGGAUAUCUCAAAAAAUGAGGCCUUAAAGCUGGGGUGCAUCAACGCGGAGUAUCCAGACUCGUUCGGGCACUACCGCGAGGCCAAGUUCUCCCAGACCAAGCACCACUGGUGGUGGAAGUUGCAUUUUACAUGGGACAGAGUUCACGUCCUUCAGGGCCACAAAGGUCUGGUGCUGUUGAUUGAGGAGGACCACUUCCUAUCCCCAGACUUUAUCCACUUGUUGAAGCUGAUGUCCACCCUAAAACAGGAGCAGUGCAGGGACUGUGACAUCCUGUCAUUAGGGAGCUACAGCCACAUCGGCUACACCAGCAAAACAAAUAAGGUGGAGGUAAAGGCCUGGAAGUCCACCGAGCACAACAUGGGCAUGGCCUUGAACCGAGAAACCUACCAGCAGCUCCUCCGCUGCACGGACACCUUCUGCACCUAUGAUGACUACAACUGGGACUGGUCCCUGCAGCAUUUGACUGCAUCCUGCCUGCCGUCCUACUGGAAGGUGAUGGUGAGCGAGGCUCCGCGCAUUUUCCAUGCCGGUGACUGUGGCAUGCACCACAAGAAGACCACCUGCAUGCCAGCGAGCCAGAAGACCAAAUUUGAGAACAUCCUACAAAGCAGCAGCAACCAGCUCUUUCCCAAGAACCUCCUGAUCACAAAGAAGCUGCCGUCUAACGGUGCCGUAGGGGUGGCCCCUCAUGUAAAGAACGGGGGCUGGGGGGACAUCAGGGACCACGAACUCUGCAAGAGCUACAUUCGAUUACAGUGACCUCAAUUGCUACUAUAUAAUUUGGUCCAUUUUGCAUCCUCCACCAAGAAAAAAAAGCCUUUUGAAGCUAAAAUCUUUAUGGACUUUUUGUCCAUAUUGCCUGUUUUACUGAACUGUUUCAAAAAAAAAAAAAAAAAAAAAAACAAUAAA